CUUGCGCCAUUUUCCUUGUCGAGGAGCAGCAGACCAGACCAACAGCUUCGUCGGACAUCGCUCUCUUUGCCGAAAUGGCAGCGUAAACGUAGCAGCGACCCAGCAGCAACCAACAAAACAGUGCAUCCAACCAGUGCACUGAGCCACUUCUAACUCAGCAAACAUGUCGUCCUACGUGGAAAAACUCAGCACUGCUGCAUUCGACAGCAUAAAAGAAUUCAACACUCUCCUCGCAUUGUCGCACACUCCAUUCGUGACCAACAACAGCCACUAUGACCAUGAUGAUGACAAACUCACAGUUUGGCCUGGAAGACAUGGAGGCCCUUCUCUGGGAGCCUUCCUUUCCCACGGCUGACGCCAUGAGCUCUCUGUUUUAUAAAGCUGACCAAGAACCACAGGAAGCAGGCGGUUCCUUGUUGGAGGGGGACGCUUCGCCUGCUUCACCCCUCACCUCAUCAUCGCUGUCUUCUUCCUCCUCUCCUCACCCCUUCUACUCCCCUCCUCCAUCGCCGCCGGCCGCCCUCCUCCUCGAGGACAAGGCUGGAACCGAUUCUGACCCGCUUGCCCUCCCCUCGUUAGGCCACCCCGGGCAGCUGAGAUCCACCCAGAUGAUCUCAGAUUACAGCAAAGAGGAUGUGUUCGGUGACCUGGACUGGAUGGCCGAGAGGGUGGAUCUGAGUGAGUUGGACCUGGAUUGUCUGAUUGGCUCCUGUAAUGCCACCGAAGAGUCCCCCAACUGUGCAGAAGACUUCCUGUCUUCCCUAGAUUACUCCAUGGAACUCGACUGCCACCCAGUUCCCAGCCUCUCAACUCCGGUGCCCCCAAGCUUCCCUCUUCAGAGUCCCCCCGUCGUUCCUGAUGUUUGUUCUGAAGCUUCUGUCAUUGAAGUGGAUGAGUCUGAAUCCUGUGUUGAUGGGCAGGAGGCUCCCUCUUCUCCCCCAUCUGUCCCAGAGCCACAGGAGGAGCUUGAAAUCAAAUCUGAGCCCGCCACCCUUGAUCUGUCUUCCCCCAUGGUUGACUCUCCUUCCUCCCCAGCUGACACUCUGGACCUGGGCAGUGAGGUGGACGUCUCGGAGAGUGAGGUGCAGCCAGCAGUGGCUGCAGUCGUUCCUCAGGUGCCACUUGUGAUCUCUCUUUCACCAACCCGCAUUGUAUUUGUACUGGCCCCUAAAGAGAACGUCAGGAUUGCUACCACAACGGCAUCUACGAAAUCAGAGGUCCUUCCCUCCUCCUCUGCUCCACAGAGGUCUACGAGGAGCAGACCGUACCCCGAGUCCGAACACAAGGCCUCAUCCUGUGACGCAACCAGUGUAAAAGUCAAGUCUGCGCAAGGUGCCGGUGGGGAUGACCGGCCGUCUCUGAAAGCACCGAAGGACAAGAAAUCAAAGAAGAUGGAGCAGAAUAAGACGGCAGCCACACGCUACAGGCAGAAGAAGAGGGCUGAGCAAGACGCACUUCUGGAAGAGCACGUGAUCCUGGAGAGGAAGAACAUGGAGUUGACCGAAAAGGCUGAAAGCAUGGCCAGAGAGAUCGAGUAUUUGAAAGAGCUGAUGGAGGAGGUCCGCCAGGCCAGAACCGGCAAAGGUCUGAGUACUGACCCCUAGUGGUUGGACGGUGACAGAGGCUGGAGGUGGACUAGUAAAGGGCAAAGAACGUUUCUUAACUUCCUCAAGUGUCAGUAUAGUGUGUGCCCACAUAGCAUGUGUUGGAUUCUCAGUCCAAUUAAUCUCAUGAAUAUGUAUUACUAACGGUCAUUUUUAAUAUUUAACACUGGUAUUACAAAUAAAGUACUAUAUAUAGAGUAGUUCUAUUUCCUGUGUAUAUAUAACUCGUGUGCUGUUUUGUUAUUAAUAUAUAUUACUUCCAUAUCUCUGGACCUCAGUCUUAAAGUUAAACCCUGUAUAUUAUCUGUAUGUUCAAUCUCUUAAUAAAGAGUCUUAAACCUA